CCAAGGCUGGGACACGCGGAGCUGGGACUUGAUUGUUGUGGUUCUUCGUCUUGGUGGCUGUGAAAUUCGGUUUAUUUUUUUUCCGGAAAGUUUUUGGAAGGAUUCUUCUAGAUAAUUCUACAUUUUAUUUUGGAGGAUCGACUUACUUUUUUUCGUCUUCUUUAUUACUCCCCUCCCCCCGUGGGACCCGCCGGACGCGUGGAGGGGACCGCACCCGAAGCAGAUUCUGCACAGCAGGACAGAGCUUUCCGCCUCUGGGGGAGCGAUCCCCCCUCGCCCCCGGGACCUACGGAGCCUGGACUUUCAGGAGGUACAGCGGCAUCUUGUGGGGGCCAGGGCACCGCAAAGGAAUUACACAGAAACUUUGCCAUCGUUGGAGCGGGACGCUGCCCCCAUCCCGAGUUUCCCCGGACAGCGCACUUUGGGGACGCUCUCAGCUCACCCCGGACUCGCACCUUUCUUCUCCCCAUCCGGCCAUAACCUUGGCUUCCCGGCGACCUCAGCGUGGUCACAGGGGCCCCCCUGUGCCCAGGGAAAUGUUUCAAGCUUUCCCCGGAGACUACGACUCCGGCUCCCGGUGCAGCUCCUCACCCUCCGCCGAGUCUCAGUAUCUGUCUUCGGUGGACUCCUUCGGCAGUCCACCCGCCACCGCCGCCGCCUCCCAGGAGUGCGCCGGUCUUGGGGAAAUGCCCGGUUCCUUCGUGCCCACGGUCACCGCGAUCACAACCAGCCAGGACCUCCAGUGGCUCGUGCAACCCACCCUCAUCUCUUCCAUGGCCCAGUCCCAGGGGCAGCCACUGGCCUCCCAGCCCCCGGCCAUCGACCCCUACGACAUGCCAGGAACCAGCUACUCCACGCCAGGCAUGAGUGGCUACAGCAGUGGUGGAGCUAGUGGCAGUGGUGGGCCUUCCACCAGUGGAACCACCAGUGGACCUGGGCCUGCCCGCCCAGCCCGAGCCCGGCCUAGGAGACCGCGAGAGGAGACGCUCACCCCAGAGGAGGAGGAGAAGAGAAGGGUUCGCAGAGAACGAAACAAACUGGCAGCAGCAAAAUGUAGGAACCGGCGAAGGGAGCUGACUGACCGACUCCAGGCGGAGACAGACCAGCUGGAGGAAGAAAAGGCGGAGCUGGAGUCGGAGAUCGCUGAGCUCCAAAAGGAGAAGGAACGUCUGGAGUUUGUGCUGGUGGCCCACAAACCGGGCUGCAAGAUCCCCUACGAAGAGGGGCCCGGGCCGGGCCCGCUGGCGGAGGUGAGAGAUUUGCCGGGGUCGGCAUCCACUAAGGAAGAUGGUUUCAGCUGGCUGCUGCCGCCCCCGCCACCACCGCCCCUGCCCUUCCAGACCAGCCAAGACGCACCCCCCAACCUGACAGCUUCUCUCUUUACACACAGUGAAGUUCAAGUCCUCGGCGACCCCUUCCCCGUUGUUAACCCUUCGUACACUUCCUCGUUUGUCCUCACCUGCCCGGAGGUCUCCGCGUUCGCCGGCGCCCAACGCACCAGUGGCAGUGACCAGCCUUCCGACCCCCUGAACUCGCCCUCCCUUCUUGCUCUGUGAACUCUUUAGACACAAAACAAACACACACACAAGGGAGAGAGAGAUUUGGACGAGGAGGAGGAGGAGGAGAGAGAGGGGAAGAGACAAAGCAGGCGUGUGGCCUCCCUGCCUCUCCUGUCUGACCCUCUGCUGCCGCUGCCAUCGGACAGGAGGACUUCCUUGUGUUUUGUGCCGCCUCUUGUUUCUGUGGCCCGGCGAGGCCAGAGAGCUGGUGACUUUGGGGACAGGGGGUGGGGAGGGGGUGGACACCCCCUUGGCUGCCUGUCGGCUGACUCGCUUCAACCCAGCCUUUGGGGACGGGGGGUGGGGGUGGGGGUGAUGCCCCCCUUUCGGUUGGAGGGAAAGGGGUGCUGGCGGUGGGCUGUGGGGUGGGCUGGAGUCCUCUCCAGAGAGGCCCAACAAGGAAAUGCCACAGAACCCCCAAAGUGUCUCCCAGGCCCACCCUUCAAGGGGUGACCAGGCUGGUUCUCCGUGCCCCACCCCAACCUUAGCUUAUUUAUGCAACAUUUCCAUGUGGUUAGAUCCUCCUCUGAAUUAAGCCCCCCUUUAAAGGGACGCUGAUGCUCUCCUGUGAUAAUCUUCCUCCCACCAGAUUUAGUCUGAAAUGUGAACCUCCCUCCCUGACCGUCCAGCUGCUCCCUCCCAGCAAAACUGGCUCUGAUUUGAAGGUCCUGACUCCUAAGGAACCCCGACAUUCAGCCCCCAGCCCUCCUUUCUGAUGACAGUGUUAUUCUCCCUGCCCUCCGCCCCGUCCUCUCCCCGCCCCCGCCCCCCAAGCCCCCGAGCCUCCCCUCCUGGCCUUCCUUGUUGGGCCUCUCUGAUUCAGGCAGCAGGGGGCGCUGUGAUGCCUGUCCUGCUGGAGUGUUUUAUACUGUGAAAUGAGUUGGCCGGAUUGUGGGGGGAGCCGGGUGGGACAGAACCGCCCUGGAGGGAUUAUGCCCCCCACUCCCCAAAGCCUUUCCGUGCUCUCCCCUCUCCCAUCCGCCUCCUUCCUCCCCUCAAAAUGAGUCAGACGCAAGGGGGUGACAGAAUCGAGAAGGGGGUGACAGGUAAUCCAUCCGCGUGGCCUCUCUCCUCAGGACCCCCUCCCCCCAGACCAAGCCCUGGCCUUUUUCUUUAAGGCCUGUCACCCAAUCCCAGCCUAGGACGCCAAUUUCUCCCUCCCCUCGGCACCCCCCGCACCCUUUCUAGAAAGGAGCCAGGGGCGAUUGCCAGGGGGCCCGACAUCUUUCUGGAGAAGAUUUAAAGGCUGAGGCUUUGCCCCCCACCGCAAACUCGAAGGGGCUGGGCUCCCGCCAUCCCAGCUUCCCCUCCCCCGGCCCCAGCCCCAGCCUCAAUUCUUGGUUUUGGCUCCCCCACCCCGCCUUUCCCUGUGUUUCACCUCGUGAGAAUUUUAUCAUGAGGCCGAUUGACAUUUUUUUAAUAUCGGGUGGGUCACGCCGCCCUCCGUGCUGCAUGGAGAACAUUCCACUGCCCCGUCCCGCGGCUCCCGCCCUGAACCCAGACCCCCCACCCGUGGCUAUUUAUCCCUUUCCUGAUUUCCGAAAGGCACUUAUAUCUAUUAUGUAUAAAUAAAUAUAUUAUAUAUGGGUGUGUGUGUGUGCGCGUGUGAGUGUGUGAGCGCUUCUGCAACCUUAGCCUAGGUCACGUUGGCCCUCAAAGCCAUGCCGUUGAAUUGGAAACACUGCUUCUGGAAACUUCGAGGCAGCCUGUCUCGGGCUGCCUCGGUCUCUAGCUGUCUCUUUUCUGACUGUCUCGGCCCCUCUGGUUGUUUUCUGGCCGUCUCAGGCCGUCUCUGGCCGUCUCUUUCCCGAAUGUCUCUCCCCCUCGGUCUUUUCUCUGCCUGUAUGUACCUGACCGUGUCCAUCUGACUGUCCCAGAUCCUCCAGCCGUCUUCUGACUCUAGGUCUGUUGGGGACCUGAGAUUUUAUUUUUGUGAGUAAGCCUGAGGGAUUAUAGAUCUGUAUCUUUGAGAAUUCCGGGUGUGAGUGUGAGGCUGUGAGCGGGGCCUGCCCCUACAGACCACAAUUUAUUGAAUCCCCAACUCCCCCCACCCCAUGCUAUGUUUGUGAUUCUCUUUUUGUAUUUUGCACCUGACCCCUGGCGGGGCUGGGGCUGGCUGGCACUGGGCCACUACCCUCCCCCUCGUGGUUCUGCACUGUCGCCAAUAAAAAGCUCUUAAAAAUG